AUGGUUGUGAAGUUAUCAGUCGCUUUAUACGCGGACGUGUACCCGACGUUGGCGAAGUCACGUGGACGCCAGUUGGACUGCGCGGCCGAAACCAAGCGGCAGAAGAUGUGUGCUGCAUUGCCAGCAUUGGUGGAAGACGACUCUGAGGUCGAGGUCGAGCAGGAACACUGUCACAUUCUUCGCACCGAAGGCCUACGGCGACAGAUGUCGGUAUCGCCGCAACGCCGAGAGAAAAUGCGUCGCACGCUCGUUCUGCCUUCGCUUUCAGAAGAUGAGGAGCCUUGA